AGGUUGCGUUAUACGUACAUUUGAAAACGCAGUUCAGUGUAGUUAUCGGGUUUGGCCAAGGAAUAGUAACAUUAAACAUAAUGAACUCGACAAUUGAAGAAGAAACCAAAAUGUACUUUUAUGAGAACAGACUGAAAACCUUCGAGGGGUGGCCAUUUACCGAAGAUUGCAAGUGUACACCGGAGACCAUGGCCAGAGCAGGCUUUAUUCACACUCCUUCAGAGAACAGCCCAGAUAUUGCCAAGUGCUUCUUCUGUCUUAAAGAACUGGAGGGCUGGGAGCCACACGAUGACCCACAAGAGGAGCACAAAUCUCAUUCACCAUCCUGCCACUUCAUUGCUCUAAAGAAGAAAGUAGAGGAGCUGACUGUGGAGGAGUUCCUCAAACUACAGAAGGAGAGGCACAAGUUCAUUAUUAUCGGUUCCUGUAACCAGGCUAUCACCCAAUUUGAAACUGCAGCCAAAUUAAGAGGAGCAGAAAUUCUCAAGACUGCUAUGGAUGAAGAAUGAACUGGAAAUAGCUACUCUUUUCUUAUACAUGUUAUUUUAAAUUGUAUUCUGUUUCUGUUUUUGCUGAUUAAACUUGUACUUCGGUACCUAC